AUGCAAAAGAACGCUCAGAUGACAUUCCAAGUCUGGUCUAUGGGCAGACUGACCCCGUUGAUCGUGCUCGCCCGGUCCGUUGCUGGGAACAUCCCGGCCGUGCUGGCGACGUUGACGACGGCGCCCGACUUCCUCUCCAACAUGAAGGGGAUGACGGUCCACAUCCUUCCUGACGGGGACAGUGAGGCUGACGGCCAUGAGACGGUCCCACUCCGCGUCCGUCACCCCGUCGACGCUGCUGAAGCUGUCCAAGACGCCCGCGACGUCGAGGAGCAAGUCGAUCCGGCCUCUGACCUCUGUUAG